ACCCGAGUGCAGACUCAGACAUUCGCCCUCUGGUAUCCACUUUGAGCACUACGACAACAUCCAACCAGCUCGGUUCUCAGCGAUUCGCAAGGUUCUCAUCCUGGAAGUCGCUAACUCGGGCCAUUAUUCGCCUCAUACACAUAGCUCGCCUUUUCAACAGCACCUUGAAGAACAGCCUUUGUAAAGGCUGGCAUCACUGCAAAACAGGAUUCAAUUUUGAGGAAUCUAAUCAAGCAUCGCACAUCAUCAUUCGAGCAGUACAGGAGGAAGCCUACAGUCAAGAGAUCAAAUGUGUCCAAAAACAUGAGCAGAUCCCUAAAGAUAGUCCUCUCAAAAAUCUGGAUCCUUUCAUUGAUGCACUCGGCCUUCUGAGAGUCGGAGGCCGCCUCCACAAUGCAAACCUUGUUCAGAGCGAGAAGACCCCAGUGAUCAUUCCUGGCAAGCAUCAGGUUGCAACCUUACUCAUCAAGCAUCACCACGAACAAAUCUAUCACCAAGGUCGUCUGUUUACGGAGGGGGCCGUCCGUACAGCUGGCUUUUGGAUAGUUGGUGGUAAAAGAAAGGUGAGCAACAUCAUCCACCAGUGUAUAACCUGCAGAAGGCUUAGAGCCCCACUUACAAUCCAAAAGAUGGCCAGUCUUCCAGCGGACCGUCUCUCAACAGAACCUCCCUUUACGAAUGUUGGGCUUGAUGUGUUCGGCCCUUGGAGUGUCUCUUCACGUAGAACAAGAGGAGGCCACUCACACAGUAAACGAUGGGCCGUAAUCUUCACGUGCAUGAGUGUACGAGCGGUUCAUAUUGAAGUCAUAGAAUCCCUUGACACAUCCAGCUUCGUCAACUCGCUAAGGCGCUUUCUUGCUGUGCGCGGCCCUGUCAAACACAUCCGCUCAGACCGUGGCACCAACUUUGUAGGCGCCUGCCGGGAGUUGAAAAUACCCUCAAACAUUGACAACACAACUGUGAAGACUUACCUGUUAGGUCAAGGUUGCUCGUGGACCUUUAACCCUCCGCACGCCUCCCAUUUUGGCGGUUCGUGGGAAAGAAUGAUUGGUCUUGCAAGGAGAAUCCUGGACGCCAUGUUCCUUCAGCUGAAGGACAAACUUACCCACGAGGUGCUGGUGACUUUCAUGGCAGAAGUUACAGCCAUUAUAAAUGGCAGACCUCUUGUUCCUGUGACAACCGACUCUGAGGAUCCAUUUAUACUCACUCCAGCUGCCCUUCUCACGCAAAAGGUGAAUGUCUUGACUGCCCCUACCGGAGAGUUUGGAGUUUCAGACCUCUACAAGCGCCAGUGGCGACAGGUCCAGCACCUGUCUAACACCUUCUGGGACAGAUGGCGAAAGCAAUAUCUCCCGACACUACAGGCACGUAAGAAGUGGCAUUCCGCUCAUCCAAACAUCAGCCCAGGAAGUGUUGUUAUCCUCAAGGAUAGUCAAGCACCAAGAAAUGAAUGGCCUCUUGGACUGGUAACACAGGCGUUCCCCAGCGAGGACGGGAAGGUACGAAAGGUCGAGAUCAAGGUCGCACGAACAGGAGUGACUAAACUCUUUCUUAGGCCUGUUUCUGAGAUAGUGCUUCUUUUCCCCCCAGAGCCCUAGUGGAGUGAACUGUCUAGGAUUUAUUGGGUGGCGUGUAUUCACCCAAGCGGGGAGUGUUUUGUCACAAACGUUAAAUCAAUGCUAUGUUUUAUUUUGAAAACAGGAAAUGUGAUGUAAUUUGUCAGGUGACAGGAACCAGGAAGUCAAUGAAGAAUAUGGCUCAGAACUGCUGUUUGUAUUGGUAGCUUUUCAAUCCAGUUGAG